AUGCUUCUAAAUACUCAACUUGCAGCCUCGUUUGAUUCCCCUGUAUCGUCGGCAUAUUUGAGGCUUGUUUUCUGGCACCAAAAUUGCCGUUGUUUUCGGGCACUGCUUGGCAGCGGUACCGUAUUAGUACUGCUGACCUCCUCUGCUCCUGCUCUUCCAGGUUUGAGGAUGUCUGGUUCGUUACCGGUUUUAAUGUUGAUUCGUCGUCAGUGUCGUCCACUGUUUUCUGCUCUCACCCACUUUGCCUCACAUUCAGCUGGUGGUAGCGGGCGCGAUUCGAAUUCCACGUCAGGGAAUUUUGAUGAGGGCGAUGGAUUUGUUCUCCUUGGAGGGGGUUCAAGUGACAACACGUCGAAGACUCCUACAUUACGUUGUAGAAGUUGUGAAAAACUUUUAAAAAAUUUACAGACAAGCACAUCGUCGCCACGUUACCUUCAUUGCGAAAGUUGCAAUAGGUUGUAUAGCAGCUCUUCACCGGAUGAAGAGAAUCAGAGUUUGCAAAAAUUUAAUGAUUUCGAGGGUAGUCGUAAACCUCCGUACCCGUCACAGGCAUGA